CGGUCUUCCCUCUAAACCCUGAUCGUUUCAGUACCUGGGCUUUAGCUCUUUCUCUCUCUCCAAAACUCGCCGAGUUCACUCGGAGCCCCAAAAUCAGACUGGACUCGGUCCUUCAAAGCCAUGCAAGUGGUCUCCAAUACUCGCAGGCUCUCUAGAGCUCUCAAAUCUCCCAUUUUUAUCAAAUCCGAUCAAUUUCUCUCUCCAGAUGUCCGAGUUGUCGAAGCUCCCCUCACUUCUUUCCAAUGGCGGAAUCUCAGCACCGUCUCUUCGCAAAACUCCUUGUUCUCUGGCAUUACUCGCGGUUAUCUUCUGCCAAUGGAACAACGGACAAUGUGCACAAUGAUGACAUUGAGAGCGCCCUUUUCUUCUGAAGCGAGUACCGUCGAAGGUGGUUCCACAGAGGUUGUGAAGGAGCUGUAUGAUAAAAUGCUGCAAUCUGUGAAUAUAAAACGAUCAAUGCCCCCCAAUGCUUGGUUAUGGUCAUUGAUUGAGAAUUGCAAAAAGCAUGAAGAUAUUAAGCUUCUAUUUGACAUAUUGCAGAACUUACGCAGAUUUAGAUUGUCAAAUCUUCGCAUCCAUUCUGAUUUUAAUUGCAAUCUCUGCCGAGAGGUUACUAAGGCAUGUGUUCGUGUGGGGGCCCUCGACUUUGGAAAGAAGGCCUUGUGGAAACAUAAUGUGUAUGGGUUGGCUCCUACCAUCGGAUCUGCUCACCAUUUACUGAUACAUGCUAAAGAACGCGGUGAUGCUAAACUUAUGAUGGAAAUAAUGAGUCUUUUAAAGAAGAAUGACUUACCCUUGCAACCUGGUACAGCAGAUAUUGUUUUCAGCAUCUGUUACAAUACUGAUAAUUGGCAGCUGAUGUCUAAGUACUCAAAAAGGUUUGUCAAAGCUGGAGUAAAUCUACGGCAAACUGCGUUUGAUCUAUGGAUGGAAUUUGCUGCUAAAAUAGGAGAUGUUGAAUCAUUGUGGAAAAUUGAGAAGUUAAGAUCUGAGUCGAUGAAGCAGCACACUGUUGCGAGUGGAUUUUCAUGUGCUAAGGGUUUUCUCUUAGAACAUAAGCCAGAGGAAGCUGCUUCCGUCAUCCAAGUUCUAAAUCAGACUUUACCUGAUGCAAAGAAGUCCAGCAUUGUGGUUGAGCUUCAAAAGUUGGUUAGUGAGUGGCCCUUAGAGGUUAUUAGGCACCAAAAGGAAGAGGACAGAAAGGCAUUAGCCGUAUCUUUAACAUCUGAUAUUCCUGCAAUGGUUAGUGGUCUAUUAACCACGGGCUUACAAGUGAAUGUAAACAUUGAGGACCUAACCAGCAAAGAAGGUGUUCUUUAUUGAACUCCUCGGGAAUGAAUGAAAAUCUGAAGCUCCAUGUGCCGUUCGUAUCCUGUGAAAGAGAGAACCAUGUGUUUUGGCCAUGGUUGAUGAGCACUCCAAUGAUUGCUCUCCUUACAAAGGCAAUGCAAGUUUUGUUGUUAUGUCAGUGAUUUGAUUCAAUUAACUUUACUAGUGCGUUUGUAUCAUUUCAAAUAUCUUCAAGCUGAAACUUCUGACGCGGAGGGAUAUUUUCGGAAUGUGACAUUUGAUAGGUUAAUUUUAUACUCUAGCUAGAUCUUCCAGAGCAAGAGGACCUACUAAACCCUAUUGCAUAGUUUCAAAUCACAAUUUCUGGAUUUGGGCAACGUGAAGUUUUUCUUUUAAUAACAA